AUGUCCCCCCAUCACAUUGAUUUGGACGAGCCAAAAUGCUCAGAGUAUGACUAUGGGAGGAGAUUCGGCACUAAUUCUAAAAUUUGGGACGUUUACGAUACACGAGCAUCAAAUUCAGGACCAACGGGUCCAACUUCUCAGAAGGAUUCUCUCUUUUGGCUCAGAAGAUCCCGAGCAGUAAAGGGAGCAUACAAGAUGUAUUCGUCUCAAAUAAGAGGCACCGGUUCGAAGGGGGAAAAUGAACCCGUUGCAGCUUGUAGAGCCUGGUUGAGAGGUAAUGUUCUAUUGACCAGAGCCCCACAAGUAACAGUAGCUGAAUUAGAAUGGCACACGCUUAGCCAUAAAGUUGAAGCACUUGAUUCAUAUAGACUGUUUUCCCUUGCCGAUGGUAAUACGUACCAGUGGACCAAUCAAGGUAAGUUUUUGGAAAAAGUCAAGAAUCUUGGUGAAAAGGAGUCCGAAGUUCGGGAAAGAAUUGCCAAAGUUGUAAUUGCUAGUAACUCUGGUUUCAAUCUGAUUGUAGAUGAAUCCAAAAUUCCAAGAGAAAUUGCACUAUGCACUGCUCUUUGUUUCUGGGUUGAUCAAUGGAACACUAAUCUUGCAUUGAGAGGUAUUUACUGGGGGUGA